AAAACAAACCACCAACACUGUACAUUGACUAUCCAAAGGAUUCGCUUGUGUCGAAGUUUGUCCAGUAUUAGCUCAAACUGGUUACGUAGUGCAAUACAAAGUAAACAUGAGGAGAUUUGUUAUACUCAGUGCUGUCAUACUGCAGAUUUCGUGGUGUUAUGCUUACCCAGGUCCAGCAGGUGUAGGAGCCUACGCGUAUCAGGACUCAAACGGCCAUAGGUACGGUGGAACUUACGAUCUGAAGGACAAUAUCAAUCCGUUCCGGGACCCCUUCGCGAGCCCCUUCAACGACGUCGACGCAUUCUUCCCCGAUUACUUUAGGAACUACGAGAAUCUACUUCAACAGAUUUUCGCUGAUAUAGAGACCCAAAGGUUAGCGUCAUAUGCUGCUCAGAAAGCAUAUGAUCUAACAUUUAACCAAGCAGGUUACCAUACGAAUUUCCUUAGGUUCCCCAAUUUUGGCGGAUUCCCAUUCUUUGGAGCAGGACCGAUGCCAUUUAAUAUGCCCCACGGUAGCCAUAAUGCAGCCUUCGCUGGCGCUGCCGCUGGACCAGGAUACAGGCAUCAAGUUGCUGGUAUUGACCCAAUCAACUCGAAUAUCCCAAAUGUGAAUGUAGUCGAACGCUUCAACGAUGAAGAAAGGAGUAAUAACCCCGGGAAGUUCUACAGCGUUUCCAGCUCAUCGUUCGCCUCGUCUUCCAACAUCGAUGGCAAAGUCGCAGGUCACAGAGAAGCUGAGACUGUUGUGAAUGACAAUGGAAAAAUUACCAAGUACAAGGUCCACAGUUAAACAACUGAACCGACAGUCCAAGCCUUAAAUUGAGUUAACAAACGUAACAUCAUUUCUUGUCUGUCUGUACCGUGUCUACCAAAUGUAUAGUGCUCGCCACGGAUCUAUAAGUUUGUGAAGUUAGCUGCGGAAUGAGUAUAUAUUGAUUCAUUGCGCAGUCAUUUGUUGCUGACUUCACAAACACAAUAUCUCGUAGCAGGCACUGUAUGUCCAUAGUUUUAUAUAUUUGAAAUCCUAUAAGCCCUCAUACGCACGAGAGUUUUUUGAACGGGCGUUCAGAUAUGGUAUAAAGUUAAAAUAAAGGUCUAUUUCCAUCGGCCAAAAUUGAAAAUGCAACACUGCUCGAAAUAAAGUGUCGUGUUUUAAAAACGUUGUCGUGUGAAUAACUUACAUAAAGUUUAUGUAGUGUUUAAUAAUAACUUUAGCGAAAACAAGUGAAUACAAAAUUACAAGCGUCUUUAGGAAAGUUUUCGUUCGCAAAAUUUUGGGUAAACGGUAAAAUAUUUUACCGUUCAUCCGAAAUGACAUAAUUCUACUUAACCAAUUGCAUAUUUUUAAUAAGUAAAAGUACUUAUAUAAAUCAAACGACAGACAAAGAAACGUUUGUUUAAUUCAAGAUUAUGGGCUCUGUAAUCCCUUGUAGCGCCCGAAAAUUGUUGACCAGUAUUUUGUAUUUAUUAAUAUUUAUAUUUGCAGUUUAAAAUAUUUCUUAUUAAACAUUGUAAAAAUUAACAUGCGUCUAAAUAGGCUGUGAUUGUAAUGUUGUUAAUUUGAAAUGUUAAUAAACCAUGAAACGAUGUUUAUUGGUAAUACUAGAAUUUACUAAUAAAUAUGGAUGUGAGUUGGCGCUUCAAAAA